GUUGUGGCGCUAUCACCCCGUGAUGGUAUGAUUGAAUUCGUUUCAAAGAGCAAAACACUGAGCUCAGCACUACGAGAGAACGGCAACAACCUCAUGACGUAUUUCAAGCAUUGCGCCAAGGCAAGUAAUGGAGCUCAAGGCACUGAGUCGACCAGACUGAAGGAGAUUCUGGAAACAUUCUCGCGGAGCUGCGCUGGGUACUGUGUCAUAACGUAUGUGUUGGGUAUUGGUGACAGACAUCUGGAUAACCUCAUGGUAGACGAUGUGGGUCAUAUGUUCCACGUUGACUUUGGGUAUAUAUUUGGUCGAGACCCUAAGCCCCUACCACCACCUAUGAAGCUGUGUAAGGAGAUGGUUGAAGGUAUGGGUGGGCAGAACUCUGAGUAUUUUAGGCUAUUCCGGCAAUACUGCUACUCAGCUUAUCGCAUACUCAGAAUGAAUUCAAAGCUUAUAUUGAGUCUAGUAGGCCUAGUCCAAGGAGCUAAUAUAAAGGAUCUCGUCGAACAGGAUCCGCAGAUGGUAUUAUCUAGGAUGGAACAGAAGUUGGCUCCUGAGAUAUCCGAAGAGGAGGCAGAGUCCCGCUUCCUAGGCCUUAUUAAUGAUUCAACUAAUGCACUAUUCCCUGUUGUUAUGGAAAAGCUUCAUCAAUGGGCUCUCUAUUGGUCAUAG